CCAACUACAACUUACAAUUAUAAAUAGUUCAAAAAAUAGUCCCAUUUCCCUCUCUUUUUCUUUCUUGCUCUCUGCUUCUACAUUUCUUCUGCAUCUUUAACUAUCAUCAUCUUGUUCAAACUCAGAAUCAAGAAGAAACACAUCAAGAUUAUGUCUGAAGAUGAACGCGAAAAUGACCACAAUAAGAAACAAAAGAUGAAGUCUGCAGUACAAGAAGAAGAAGAGUAUGAACCGAAUUUGCUAGAGUUAUUAUCUCAGAUGAACACGAACUUGAUGAUCCCCCCCAAAAAAAACAGGAACCCUAGAUCCCCGGAUACAAUCGAAUCCUCUAAUCGAAGCACGGAUCUUCUUCCUCUCCAGCACAAAUAUAUUGAGCAAGGAGGAGAAACUCCCUUUUCCGUAGCUGUGGAAGCGAAUCAGAACAUGCCAGAAAGUUCCAACGUAGCACAAGGAAGCAAGAAAGUAGUAUUGUCAAAAAGGAAAAGGCCUAAUCCUGAAAAUGUUGAACAAUUGCCAAAAUGGCCAAUCACUUAUAGUGAAAACGAUCCUGAUAUGGAUAUUCUGGAAUUGAUGAGUCUGAUGGAGACAUGCCUUGACCUGAAUUCUGAAGAUGCUAUUAGAAAUGUAAAUGCAAUUCAUAAUUAGAUUUAGUGACCAAAAACACUAAUGCUAGCUAGAUAUGAAAAUACCAGUAUAGAAGAGACCAGUAUGUAGAUGUGACCAAUUUUCUAUGUUUUGUAUCAGCAAGAUAAUGGUUUUUUGGAUAUGGAAGGCUUAAUGACUUUUACUGUUUUUUUUAA